AUGCUUUCAGCUACCCUCGCCUUCGGCUGUGCCGCGCUUCUAGCAACCUGCUACUACGGGCUGAUCAGACUGUAUGACGCCUGGCAAUACGAUCGCAAGCGGCGGGAGCAUUGCUGUCCCAAGAUGCCGCACUACAAGCACCGCGACCCCAUCCUCGGGCUCGACUUCGUGUACGCGAUGGUGAGCGCUCUCAAGGAGGACAGGUUCCUGCCGUUCUGGAAAGACCUCUUCGCAUCGCAGGGCAGGAAGGCCUUCACGGCCACCUUCAUGGGCGCCCGCAUGGUGUACACGACCGAGAGCGAGAACAUGAAGGCCAUGUCGACGUCGCAAUGGGAAGACUUUGGGGUCCAGCCCAUCCGGCUGGCCAACGGUGCCUCUCUGCCCUUCACCAUGCACGGCGUCUCCACGACGGACCCGCCGUUGUGGGAGUACAGCCGGAAUCUCAUCAAGCCAUACUUUGAGCGUGCCGGAUACGCAAACCUGGCCAGACUGGAGGUGCACGUCGACAACCUGAUUAGUCUCUUGCCCUCUGACGGAUCAUCCUUCGACUUCCAGCCGCUGGUAAAACGAUGGUUUCUCGACACCUCAACCGAGUUCCUCUUUGGCCAGUCGAUCCACUCCCUGCAGGACCCAGACAAGGCAGAAGUCGCCUGGGCCAUGAUGGACGUCCAGGAGGGGCUGCGGUUGCGCCUGCAGCUGGGCCGACUGGUGCACUUCCACCACGACGCGAAGUGGCUGGCCAAGGUGGACCUGGUGCACCGCUUCCUCGACGCGCACAUCGACAAGACGCUUGCCGAGGUGGCUAAGUGCAAAGAAGCCGGCAGCGCUCUCUCGGACCGCACAGACUUGCUCUGGGUCAUGGCGAACAAGCUGCCGGACAAGCUGCCGCUGCGGUCGCAGCUCAUCGGCGUCUGGGUCCCCUCCAACGACACGACUUCCGUACUCAUCAGUAACGCCGUCUACGCCCUUGCCCGCCACCCGCGCGUCCUCAAGAAGCUGCGCGACGAGAUCCUGGAACAUGCUCCCCCCGGAAAGCCCAUCACAUGGGAGCAGCUGCGGUCGCUGCGCUACCUGCGAUAUGUGAUUAACGAGACCCACCGCCUCUACCCCAACAGCCUCCAAAUGGUGCGCAUCGCGCUGCGCGACACCACGCUGCCCACGGGCGGCGGCCCGCGCGGCGACCGGCCCAUCUUCAUCCGCAAGGGCGACGUCGUGCACGUGAACCGCUACCUGAUGCACCGGGACCCGGACACGUGGGGCCCCGACGCCGAGGAGUUCCGGCCGGAGCGCUGGGAGUCGGAGCGGCCCAUGUGGCGCUUCGUGCCCUUUGGUGGCGGGCCGCGCAUAUGUCCCGCCCACGUGCUCGUCGAUACCGAGGCGAGCUACGUCCUGCUGCGCCUGCUGCAGCAGUUUCGGGACAUCGUGCCGCGCGACGACAGGCCCUACGCGGCCGUCAUGCGCAUCGGGCCCAGUUUGUCUUGGGAGGAUGGGAAGGGUGGCGGGGCCUAG